GUUAUCUUUCAUUGAAAACUUUAAUCUCCUCUUCGUUGUGCAGAAACUCGGUAACUACUAGGCGGGGAUUUAACUUCAUAAAUUUCGAUACAAAUGGGAAUUUGUGAGAAAUUCGAUAAUUUCACUCCAGCGAAAACAAGACGUCGAAUCGGUGUUAUCGUUGGCAUUUUAGAUCUGUUCCUAUUCGGUGGAUAUCAUUAUGGCUUCAAUUCAUUAAUUGGAAUAUAUAAAUCCCUGGGAUUAUUCGCCUACAAUUGUACACAAUCUGGCUGCAUGUAUGACGAUAAUAAAUUCGGGAUUGCUUUUAAUGUCUGGUUGGUAACACAAAUGUGUUUAAUUACACUAGCUGGAUUAUUUAUGGAUAAAGUUGGCUUGAGAGCAUUAAAAUUAGUAGCAACUGUCAUGUAUGCAAUUGGAACAAUUAUGUUUGGAUUUACAACCGGUAGCACACAGGUGCUAUUCUACGCCGGAGGUAUAUUAGUCGCAUUGAGCAGUAUCUGUACACUGAUUUGUGAUCAUCAGAUUAGUUCAAUGUUUCCAGAGAAACGUGGUUUUUGUAUUUCACUGUUUUCUGGAGCAUUUGAUUCGAGUACAGUGAUUGCCUAUGCUAUCUCUGUGAAUCAUGUGCACUUUUCACUACAAUGGUCAUUUGUCAGUCUGGCUAUUGGGGCAUUGAUUUUUGGCACUUUUAUUGCCUUAUUUAUCCUGACAAUGAAAUCAGUGGAUAUGUCUAAAUUUGCUAGGAUAAAGGAGAAACAAUCAGUUUUACAAUCAAGGGAAUCCUGUUUAGAAGAAUCGUCAACAAUCGAUAUCUAUGCAGAAAUGUCGCAUGUUUUUGAUGAAGAAUUUUCAACAUUGAAAAAAACUGCCUCAUCAGCCUCUUACAUAUUAAUCAAUUUUUGGUUUAUCCUGGGAUUAUUUCGUUUCUGUGUAUUUUUAAGCCAGCUGCAUAAACAACUAACCUAUCUCUUCCCUGGAGAUGAAACACUCAUCAGCCAUCUAUUAGAAGUGUCCUCGGCAUUUUCAAUGUGUGGAUUUUUUGCUGCUCCACUCUCUGGUCUCAUUAUCGACGUAUUUCUACGCUUAUCACGUGAUGAAGUGACUAAUAUGCUGAUUAGAGAUCGUAAAAGUUUAACAAAUCAGAAAAUCUAUUACACGUAUAUAUCUGGUUUAAUUCCAGCUUUAACAUUGACAGCUGUAUUUUCACUUCUCUUAAGUAUCAUGAUGUUUAUACGUGACAAGAAUGCCAUUUAUGUGGCAUUUCUGUGUUUAGUGAUACUUAGAUCUUUGCUGUUCAGUUCAUUUGUUAGCUAUCUGCUGACAUGUUUCCCUAUACGUUAUUUUGGUACACUGAAUGGUAUAUCUAGUACAGUGGCUGGUCUAUUCAGCCUGUUACAACAUUUACUUUUGCAUGCAAGUGGUACAGUGGCUAAUUUUGUCUCACUGGCUGUAUCAAUUGGUUUAUUCAUUACACCAGUUAUAUUAUUCAAAUUGAAGCAUUGAUAUUUACAAGUAUACACGCAUAUAUGGAUCUAUAUAUAAUAUAUGUAAACAUAAAUGUAUUCCCACGAAGGAAAGCUUCGUGUGUGGAUUUCAUCCUAAUUUGACGAGAUUUCCUGUGUGUAUGUGUGUGCAAGUUAUGCUUGCCUAUUCAUCCAUAUUCUGUUUCAAUAAAUAAGAAACAU